AUGCCCGUCCUCAGGGGCCAGGCGGGCAACCCCAACGCCCCCCAACAGCAUAGUCAGCCCUCAAGGAAAGGCAAGAAAGCAUGGAGAAAAAAUGUCGACGUGACUGAGGUUCAGAAGGGCCUUGAGGACCUGAGCGAAGAGAUCAUACAGGGUGGUGUCAUUGCCGAGAAGGACUCUGGCGACCUCUUCAUCGUCGACACCCGUGGCGAUGCAGUCAGCUCCAGGAAGAUUCCCAAGGUCAAAAACCUCAAGGCCGAUGAGAUUAUCUCUGCUCGAUCCGUCGUACCCGCCGUCUCGUCCAAGAAGCGACCAGGUGACAAGACAACUGAUGGCAUCCUCCCCACCAAGCGCCAGAAGACGGGGACAUACGUUACGCACAAGGAGCUUGCCCGGAUCAAGAAAGCCGCAGACGGACACCAUGAGUCCACGGUAACCGUCACUGAUGCAACCUAUGAUCCUUGGGCCGUCGGCCCCUCCUCUGUGACCGCAGGUGGGGCAGAGGAACAGAAGAACGAAUGGGUUUCCGAGCCACCCAGGGCAAAGGCGCCCACGACACUCGCCAAAAAGCCCAUCUCACUCGCCGCAAAUGGCAAGCAUGUACCUGCUGUCCCCAAGCCGGCCGGUGGGUACAGCUACAAUCCAGUGGUGACUGACUACAUGGCUCGUCUCGAGAAAGAAGGGGAGAAGGCCCUCGAGGCAGAGCGCAAGCGGCAAGAGGCGGCUGAGGCUGACCUGCGCAAGCAAGAGGCAGCAGCGCGGUCUGCUGCUGAGGCAGAGGCAGCAGAGGCUCGCGCGGAAUUGUCAGAGUGGGAUGAGGAUUCGGCGUGGGAGGGAUUCGAGAGCGAGGCGGAAGGUGUGUCCGCGAAGCGACCCAAGCGGAAGACGCCUGCGCAGCGGAACAAGGUCAAGCGCAGGAAGGCAGAGGAGGGCAGACUGAAACAUGAGGCGGCGAUGAGGAGAAAAGAGCAGCAGGCUCGGCACAUCAAGGAGAUUGCGGAGCAGGUGGACGCGAGGCGGAUGGAACUGGCUGUGCAGAAGAUGGAGAUGAGCGAUGGAGAGAGCGAGGGCAAUGAGGUGGAGUUGAGAAGGAGGCAGCUUGGCAAAUUCAAACUGCCAGAGAAGGACCUCGAGCUCGUCCUGCCCGAUGAGCUGCAGGAGUCUUUGAGGCUGCUGAAACCUGAGGGAAAUCUGCUCAAGGAUCGGUACAGGAGUAUGCUCGUCAGGGGCAAGUUGGAGGCCAGGAGGAAGAUUCCUUUCAGGAAGCAGGCCAAGGUCAAGUUUACCGAGAAGUGGACACACAAGGACUUCGACAUUACGAGGCUAUAG